UCCAGUCACUCUUUAUUUUUAGGGCUCUUAAUGUCGGUACCAUUCGAGCUCGUGGACGAAGAGGAAAUGCAAGCGAUCGAGGCCGCGCUGCGGCAGGCUAGCGCUUUCCAUCGCAGCAGGAUGCUGGCGGCAGCGGCACGAGCUCAAUCGAGCCUGGUUCUGAAUGUGUCAUCGGAGGUGAGAGACAUUGAGGAUUCGGCGCCAUUGCCAGCGGCAUUGCGAUUUCCAUUGAAGAAGAGCCUGUGUGUGACCGACAUGACGGCAUUGGAAUGGUGUGAGAAACAAGUGGAGUUUUCUUUCUUGCGUGGGAAGCCUCCGAAAACUUCCGCAAUGCAAGCCGGGAGCGCCCGGCACGUAGAGCUCGAAUCAGAGGUUGUUAAGAGAGUGGAUGUUGAUAUACGAACGAGAGAAGAUUUCUGGGCUGUUCGAUUCAUCAAUUAUUUGGUUGGCACUAGGCAGCUUCUAGCCGAAGGCCUCACGAGAGAACUUCCCAUAGUAGCAUUUGUGGAAGGCAACUGGUGGACUGGUAUCAUUGACGAGUUGAUGCUACCCGAAGGUAGUGCCGGACCUCGCCUAAUUGAUACGAAAACACGCUUACGUCAGUCUCUUCCAUCCGACGCUCAAAAACGAAAUGGAAGGUUGCAGCUAAUGUGCUACAAACUUCUGUGGGACACAUUGUGCGAGCAAGCUAUCCCUUUGGAUGAGUUUUUCUCAAACUUUGAGCUCGAUCCUCUACAGGAGCUGUCCCUUAGCAUAAGGUCGCAUAUUGUUGACAUAAAGCUCAGCUCUAAAGUGGAUUGUUUGAAGGAAUUACUCGGCGUUCUUCAAGAAAGUUGUACUGUCCUUCCUCUUGCUGACCAGCUAUUGAAGCUAAGAUACGAGUGGCAAGUUGAUCGCUCUUUAAUUGGCGAGGAGGAGUUUAUGUUUGACCCCGACUGGUUGAAACAGAGAAUCCAGUUCCAUCUGCAGUUUUGGAAUGGUAGGAGGGAGUCACAUCUUGUGUCGCAGAGCGACGAGUGGAAGUGCAGAUUUUGUGCAUUUGCUGACCGAUGCAAAAGUGAAAAUCAACGCUGAUUCAUGCUGCGUGGCUUGCAUGACUCUCACGGCAAGCUCAAGGUGGAGGAACUUCGAUCUCGUUUGAAUUCAUGUAGACGUUCUACCGUUUAGACAAUUUUGGAGUCAAAGGCGAGUCCGUGACGAGCUUACCAACGACUAGAGCAGAUCAAUCGUUCAGCCAUGAGCGCUGUGCUUGUGCUCGCACUAGCACUUGCAGCUCGUAUGUUUUCUCAGGCACUGGGAGGCUGUGCUCUCGCUUUCAGCUCCUUUGUAAAUUUGAGAGUCAGUAGCCGUGAUCCGGAGAAGUUUUGCACGAACACGGCUGGAUACCUGUAUAGAGUUCUAGCUCUCCGUGCAAACACCACUGUGGGCCAGCCAUUGUUCGUGGAUCUGGAAGACUGCUGGAAAACUAUUUCUGGCUUGGAUCCGGGGCACAAGUGUCGAAAUGUUUUGGAGCUGUUCUCGCCGAACCACACCCACCCGUGUAAGUUUGAUACCAUGCAAGAUCUACAGUGGAGCUUUGAACUCGCCAGGCUCAAAUUCGAGGAGCUCUUGCAAAGCUGUAGAAGUUCCUUGGACAACUGUUCGGGGGCUCUAAGCUACGAUGUCUUGCAACUGGAAAUCAGUGUGAAGGAUUUGCAACAGAGAUGCGGAGAUGCAGUUCGAGUUGCAUUGCUCAGCACCGACGUCUUUGAUGAUUUCUGGGCACAGCGUGUUUUGACAGCCAUGGCUUACUUCAAAAUGACUAAAUCCAUGUUCGUGUCUCCAUAUGCAUAUAGCUAAGUUUCAAAGGUAAAAUUCAUGCUCUUUUCUAUUUCCUAACAUCCUCCUGUCCCCAUGCAGAGCGUGCGUAUACAAUUUCGUUGAUAUGUUUAUCAUUUCUGGUGUUACUCGGAAUGACGGCCACAGUUUUGAAAUGCAUUUUCUUGAAAGUGAAGGAUCCUUUGGGACGAGUUCACCACUCAGCGGAACUUGAGGAUAGUAAAGCUGUGGAAAGCAUCUGAGUAUAGCAGCAUUUUGUUCUCAAGCCACACACAGAUUGUCUUAUACUUCGAGAGAGAAUUUUUUAUGAAUAGCAAUUGCGUCCUCUUGUGUA